AUGCUUGAACUAUCCGGCUGCUCAAGUCUACGACAUUUUCCAGAAAUCUCGGAAACCAUGGAACAUUUAAAGUAUCUUUACUUAGAUGGAACAGCCGUUGAAGAGCUACCCUUAUCCACAGAGAAUCUAAAAAAUCUUUGUUGGCUACGUCUUGAAAAUUGCAGAAACCUUAUCUAUCUUCCAGAAAGCCUCCGCAAUUCAACAUCUCUUUAUGGCAUUAAUAUAUCUGGUUGCCCGAAACUUAAGAAGACGGCGUUUAAAGUUUCUGAUUGUCAAUAUCCAGAUAGAGGUUAUAUGCUAACAUCACUUCCUGAACUGAGCAAACUGGACUUAGCUCUAGAAGAAACUAAAUAUAUUCUAAUCAGACCAGUUUCCGACGAGAGCAGGUUAAUUUCACUAACAUCCUUAGAUCUGAGUGGCAACAUAUUUGAGAUGCUGCCUGCAAGCAUCAAGCAACUCUUUGCACUGAGGGAUCUUGACAUAAGUUUUUGUGAUAGGCUUCGAUCCUUGUCAUAUCUUCCUCAGUCUCUUAUUUAUUUAAACGCUAACGAAUGUAGAUCGUUGGAAACCGCAUCUGGCAUUAAACACCUCCUUAGUGAAUAUAUUUGCAGGUGUAUUCUCAAAAAAAAAAAAAAAACACAGUUGCAAGAGGAAAAUUCAUCUUCACAAACUGCUUCAAAUUGGAUCCGACACCAUGGGAUGAGUACAAGGCAUGUGUGGACUGGACAAUUGAACUCUCAUCUGCAAUUGUGCCUGGUCAGAGCAUUUGCGUGCAGCAAGUUUAUAGUGCCAGGAUUAUCAUUGAUCCUUUAAAAGAAUUUCCUCCUGGAAAUUUGAUAUAUACAAGCAUGGAAAACUCAAUAAAAAUCCCAUUUUCUAAACAUUUUGAUGAUUGUAUCUUUAGAUUCUGGGAGGCUGAUCUAUCCUUGGUUAUAACUUUCCCGACUAAUUCCAUUCUUGAACCUUAUAAAAUUUACGGUAUUAAGUGUCAUUCUUUUCGAAACCUGGUGAGGGUGGAGUCUAUCGUAGUUUGGUCAGAGCGCAAGAAGAACCUUUUCUCGAUUAUGGGUUCUAGAGACGCCUCGUUAAAACUCUUCCUUUAUCCUGAAGAUAAAGAUGAGCUGAAGGGCAUUAAUUGUGGAGUGCGUCCUCUAUGUUCCUGUCCGAAGAAAUGCACUCGAACACCGGCAUUAAAGACAAAAAUUGAAUUGGCGUAAGCUAUCAGAUAGUGCAAGAUCACGGCUGUUGUAUCAAAGUCACAACAUUAUGCACAAUUAUUUUAGUUUCAAUAUUGACGACGAUGUUACAUUCUACAAUUAUUGCCAUUAACAGAAAAGACAGAUGCGCCAGGUAUCUUCCUUCUCACGAUCUACCUAUGAGUGGCAUGGAUUAUAAAAGUAAUGAUUACUUGCCUUCUCCCUGAUA